CUUUUCAUUACAAAGUGAGAGAGAGAGAGAGUGUUUUUCUUUUUCUUUUUCAUUUUUUAUGUUUGGUACAGAAUUAUGAACCAUUUUAUAUAAAGUAAAAAAUCCCACUUUUCUGUUUUUCAUUUUAUUUGGUUUUCUCUCUCUUCUUUUCUCUCUAUCACAUCAAUUCAAAGACUCAACGCAAAAACAUUCAUUAGUGAGAACUUGUCCUGUCCAGCCAUAUUACAGGGCACCGUUAGCUUGUAAUAAAGAAAAUUACUAAUAUAUAUAAUGUCUGUGUUAUUCAUUUAUUUAGAUAAUUCUUGUGUUACCAUUUAUAAACAUCUCUCAAGAAACACCACAGUAUGCUUAAACCUUUGUUGGAUUUCUUGAUUAUGGUGUUUCUCUAAUGGCUUUUCACUAAAGUUGGCUUUUUUAUUUUUGAUUUUUAUUUUCCCCAUCGGCCAUUGUGUUCAGUGGCCGAAUUUUGAAUCGUGAACUUUGAGGUGGAUUGUCCGAGGUCGAUUUGGAGUUUGAGAGCUGAAUCCUUGAGUGCGCUCGAAUGUAAUUACGAGGAUUUUGUGUUCGUUCCUCUGCAAAUGUUGUCUGGCUGCUUAAGUCGAUCCGAGGAUUAAUUUUGUUGAAACAGGGCCAGAGGUUUGUUCCGACAUUGCCCAGUGUGUGUGUCUUUACUGGGCUGGAAUUGGAUUUGCAAAAUUUUUAGGGUAUCUGUUGGGGCUUUUCCUUCAGUGUGAAAAUGGCGAUGAAUACUGGAGGAAGGCUUGUCGCGGGCUCUCACAAUAGAAAUGAAUUUGUUCUUAUUAAUGCUGAUGAAAUUGGAAGGAUUAAAUCUGUUCACGAGCUAAGCGGGCAAACAUGCCAAAUUUGUGAAGAUGAAGUGGAGAUAACAGAUGAUGGAGAACUCUUUGUGGCUUGCAAUGAGUGCGCUUUCCCUGUUUGCAGAACUUGUUACGAGUAUGAAAGAAAAGAGGGAAAUCAGACUUGUCCUCAGUGCAAAACCAGAUACAAGCGCAUUAAAGGGAGUCCUAGAGUUGAGGGCGAUGAGGAUGAAGAUGAUAUCGAUGAUCUUGAGCAUGAGUUUGAUUAUGGAGAUAUUGAGGCCUCGGGCUUUCCUCAAAGUGCUGGUGCAAUGAACUCGGCCCAUGGUGGUGUGUUUGGAUCGGGCUCGAGGCCCGAUUCAUCGUCACAAUGUCCUGAGAUCCCUCUUUUGACUUACGGCGAAGAGGAUGCCGAAAUUGCAGAUAAUCAGAAUGCCAUCAUAUUACCCCCAAACACAGAAGCACCUUCUAAUCCCCGACCAAUGGCCCCGGAAAAAGACAUUGCAUUAUAUGGGUACGGAAGUGUAGCAUGGAAAGACCGAAUGGAGGAGUGGAAAAGGAGGCAAAACGAAAAAUUUCAAGUGGUUAAACAUGAAAGGAAUAAUGAUGGUGGGGACUUUGAUGAAAAUGACCCGGAUUUGCCUAUGAUGGAUGAGGGAAGGCAGCCACUUUCAAGGAAAAUGCCGAUUGCAUCUAGCAAGAUAAACCCGUACAGAAUGAUAAUCGUUCUUCGUCUUGUUGUUCUUGGCUUGUUCUUUCACUAUAGGAUUCUACAUCCAGUUCCCGAUGCUUAUGGCCUUUGGUUAACAUCAGUUAUUUGUGAAAUAUGGUUUGCUAUUUCAUGGAUACUCGAUCAAUUCCCUAAAUGGUACCCAAUCGAACGCGAAACAUAUCUCGACAGGCUGUCACUUCGGUACGAAAAAGAAGGGAAGCCCUCAGAAUUAGCAGAUAUAGACGUGUUUGUCAGCACGGUGGACCCCACGAAAGAGCCUCCGCUGAUUACGGCAAAUACGGUGCUCUCGAUUCUUGCUGUGGAUUAUCCAGUCGACAAAGUGUCGUGCUAUGUCUCGGAUGAUGGUGCGGCCAUGCUAACUUUCGAGGCACUUUCCGAGACCUCUGAGUUCGCUCGUAAGUGGGUCCCGUUUUGUAAGAAGUUCAAUAUCGAGCCUCGUGCCCCUGAAUGGUACUUCUCUCAGAAGAUUGACUAUCUCAAGAAUAAAGUACAUCCAGCUUUCGUGGGGGAGAGGCGUGCAAUGAAGAGAGAGUAUGAAGAGUUCAAAGUUCGGAUUAAUCGUUUAGUGGCUAUGGCUGAGAAGGUUCCGGAAGAAGGUUGGACAAUGCAGGAUGGAACACCUUGGCCCGGUAAUAAUGUCAGAGACCAUCCUGGUAUGAUUCAGGUAUUUCUAGGUCAUGACGGUGUUCGUGAUAAUGAAGGGAAUGUGCUGCCUCGCCUGGUUUAUGUUUCACGUGAAAAGAGACCUGGUUUCGAGCAUCAUAAGAAAGCCGGGGCUAUGAAUGCACUGAUUCGAGUAUCGGCUGUCCUAUCAAAUGCUCCCUAUCUUCUAAACGUAGAUUGUGAUCACUACAUAAAUAACAGCAAGGCUAUGAGAGAAGCCAUGUGCUUUAUGAUGGACCCCACUUCGGGGAAGAAAGUGUGCUACGUGCAGUUUCCACAAAGAUUCGAUGGCAUCGACAGACACGAUCGGUAUUCGAAUCGUAACGUGGUGUUUUUUGAUAUUAAUAUGAAGGGCUUGGAUGGCUUGCAAGGGCCUAUAUAUGUUGGUACAGGUUGUGUAUUUAGAAGGCAAGCAUUGUAUGGAUAUGAUGCGCCUGCUAAAAAGAAGGCGCCUAGCAAGACUUGUAACUGCUGGCCAAAGUGGUGCUGUUUGUGGAGAAAUAAAAAAGGGAAAACGAAGAAAAACAAGAAGAAAUCGAAGCAUAGAGAGGGGUCGAAGCAAAUACAUGCCCUCGAAACCAUUGAAGAAGGGAUUGAAGACACAACUAUUGUUAGCCGACCCUUUAUUCCCCAAGAGAAGCUCGAGAAGAAGUUUGGGCAGUCACCUGUUUUUGUUGCUUCAACUUUACGCGAAAAUGGUGGCGUUCUUGAAGCCAUUAGUUCCACAUCACUCUUGAAAGAAGCUAUCCAUGUUAUCGGUUGUGGUUAUGAAGAUAAGACAGAAUGGGGAAAAGAAGUCGGUUGGAUAUAUGGCUCGGUUACGGAAGACAUUUUGACCGGUUUCAAAAUGCAUUGUCAUGGUUGGCGUUCGGUUUACUGCAUACCCAAGAGAGCCGCAUUUAAGGGAUCGGCUCCGAUUAACCUUUCGGAUCGUCUUCACCAGGUUCUCAGGUGGGCUCUUGGGUCAGUCGAGAUAUUCCUGAGCAAACACUGCCCAAUAUGGUACGGUUAUGGGGGUGGAUUGAAGUGGCUCGAAAGGUUUUCCUACAUUAACUCGGUAGUGUAUCCGUGGACUUCUAUCCCGUUGCUCGUCUACUGUACACUGCCGGCCAUUUGUCUUCUCACCGGAAAAUUCAUUGUCCCUGAGAUAAGCAACUACGCAAGCAUCGUGUUCAUGUCCCUAUUCGUCUCGAUAGCCGCAACCGGCGUGCUCGAGAUGCGGUGGGGCGGCGUCGGCAUCGACGACUGGUGGCGGAACGAGCAAUUCUGGGUCAUCGGUGGCGUCUCCGCCCACCUCUUCGCCCUCCUUCAAGGCCUCCUCAAAGUCCUUGCCGGCGUAAGCACAAACUUCACCGUCACCUCCAAAGGCGGCGGAGGAGAAGGAGACGAUGGCCCCAACUUUGCCGAGCUCUACAUCUUCAAGUGGACUUCGCUACUUAUCCCGCCAACCACGCUAUUGAUCGUCAAUAUUGUGGGCGUUGUGGUUGGUGUGGCCGAUGCAGUUAACAAUGGGUAUGACUCGUGGGGCCCACUCUUCGGGAGGUUGUUUUUUGCCAUUUGGGUCGUCGUGCACUUGUACCCGUUCCUCAAGGGGCUCACGGGGAAACAAGAACGAGUGCCAACAGUUAUUGUUAUAUGGUCGAUUUUGCUUGGGUCUAUACUCACGCUCGUGUGGGUUAGGGUAAACCCGUUUGUGUCGAGGGAAGGACCCGUGCUCGAGAUAUGCGGGCUUAACUGCGAUGAUUGAUUGAUUGAUUGAGAGU